AUGGAAGGAUUCACCUUGCUGGAGGCUUUCCUCGACAGAGAACGCCGACCUUUUUUCGUCCUAGUGACAAGGAUACCCCAUACCCUUAUCAGUUCGCCAUUUCAGUCCAAAGACAACAUCGCGCACAUAGAUGGUUUCUUAAAGAAUGGGCGUGCACCGAAAACACUACGGAAGACAAGUCCAGUAGGAAUCGACGGUGAGAGAGAGGAAUUUUCUAGGCUGUCAACAGGAAGAGAUUCGGGGAUUUGUGGAACGACACAAUUCGUGGUUGACGGCGCAGAGGAGGAACCGGAUUUCCCUAAGCCAGAUUUGCCUUCAUUCAACUCCUGGAUUAGAAGAUGUCAAAUUAAACGGAUAGAAAGUCAGAAAUCAAGAAAACUCACAUCCGGAACAAUCUCUGUGACAUUUAAGCGCGUCUCUUCCUACUGGACUACGAAAACCAAGCUGGCGAAAAGAGACUCAAGUCAGCAAGAAAUUGGGUCCACCUUCGUAAGGAAAAAAAAAGUCCUUUUGCUUGAACUGAGAAAGGAUGUUGAUGAGCGUAAGGGCAAAGGGGAAGACCAGGGAGGGAAAGCAGUAUGGACCGGGAAGAGUAACGUCCUGUUUCGAAGAAUCAUGGUCGAACUGGAGAGGGGGUAUCAAGGAGGAUCUUACCUGCCCUCGGAUUUGAGUCCCAAUCAUAUGAUUCUGAUCCUCAUCAAGGGCCGAUCAAGCGCUAGAGACCCGGAUGUACAUCCUGAAGCAUUUGCGCUAGAGUCUGCCCCUCUGACUCUUUUGACAGACACAAGGGAGGGUCGAAGGCCCUUCCAGACCAAAUUGGAUGGGCGGCGUCACAUCAGGGUUUCCAUGAGCAAGCCCUAUGCCACGUCAUCCGUUGACAUUGGCUUGAUCAAAUCAGUGCAACCACGCCCUCCAAAUGCGCCACCAUUGAGAGUGGACCCGGCUGUGAGACGGACAUUCGUAGACCUGCGUGGAAGGGGUUGCCACAGGAAAGCAGGCCAGGUCCCUUCCGCAAGCAGGUACCAUGAAGCGGCAGAACCAUUUUGGAAACCUGUGGCCCAUAUCGCCCCGAAUUGCGAUUGA